CGCGAUUGUGCCCCGGACAAACGAGACCGGAGAUCAGGAGCUGGUGUUGAGUGUCGGGGUUUCACAGUAUACAAUGUCCUUCUGCAGCUUCGGUAAAGCUGUUGUGUGAACUUCUGGAGGCGUAUGCAGAUGGACGGUUGUAUAUUUGUCGCCAUUCUGAAGUAAAUGAUCGAAACGAAUUUAUUGAGGUUUACAACCAAUCGGCGAAUGGGACUUUGCUGCAAAUGCUGAUUAUGUUCUCAACGGGAAAGGCAUCAGCCGCUGAUUUAGUUGUUGCGCUUUAGGUGAUUUAUUUUCUUACUGAAUAGACACCGUGGCCCUUCCGUUCUGAGAUCCUUUCAUAGAAGGUGCAACAUUCGAACAUGGUUUCUGUUGAACGAGUUCCUGUUUGCUUACCAGAAUGGAAUGUGGGUAUCAGGAAAUUUAGAUUUGUUUUCCUGAGCUCGUCCAAUUCAGUUACGUUGUGCCAGAACUUUGAGGCGGAGGAGAAUUUAACUCCUCUUUUUCUUGGUGCUGAUGUUAUCGCUAAAACUAGUGUUCGCACUGAAAAUCAUCCAAGAAUACAUGCAAAAUUUGCAAGGAGAGGAUUGGCAACUAAGCUCAGUUUUAGUUCAGAACUUCGAUUUGAAGGACUUAAGAUGCCAACCAUGGUGAACAGUUUGUGGUUUUACAGCAUUCAGGGGCUUUUUCGAAUUGCUUUUGAGAUGUACAGUAAGGAACAACAGCUGGAUGUUCUUGUUGCCCUGCAGGAUUUAUGGAAAGCACGAAUAAGUGACCCUGUUCUGAAUGAAAAAUACGAUGUGAAGGUUCUACAAAAUUUCCUUGGCAAAGAAGAGUUUGAAAAUUGCCUUCCUGAUAAAUGGAGCCACGAAAGUUCCUCUGCACUACACCCAAGCAUUCAACCUGAUACUUUAUGUAGCACAACUACUUCAAUUUUGGAUUGUACCUGUAAUAGCAUUGCCAAUGAGUGUGAUCAUAACUACUGUGUGCAAGAAGCAAGAAGUUUACAACAAACUGAAGGAACUUGCAUAGACAACUCACUACGUGCAGAGAUUUUGAGUAAUGAUCCUUUGUCUCUAAAGUUUAGAUCAAUAUAUCGGAACUUUAAAUUAUUACCAAUGGAAAUACAAAAGGAACACGAGAAAUCAAUUAUCCUGUUACUCGAUUUUGUCGAACUCCUAAUAAGUAAAACUAUAUCGGCACAGAAGUUGGCUGACGUGAUACUGCAACUUUUGACCAAUCUUAAAAACUUCAUUAUCAAGACAGAAACCACUGAAGCCGAGGUUAAUUCUAUUUAUUGUAAUCACAUGCUGUACUCUGUAAGUAAAUGGUUAGGACAUCAGUUUUAUUCCGCUAAUGCCUCUAUUAGCAGGCAAGUAGAGAAGUUUAAAACAACCCACAUAAAUAAAAUCACAGACUUACCACCUGCUGAAGAACUGGUGGAUAAACUAUUUCCUGAAGCUAUGAAGGUUUUGCUGUUAUGCUGGAUGGGGCUUGAUGAUAAUUCUGCCUUGUGGAAACUGCAAAGUGAAUAUCCAAUAGUGCUGCUCAUAUUAGAAUUUGCUAAUCAUAAUCUAAUCACUGGUGUUGCACAUGUUUUAUAUUCUAGCUUAAUCUGUAAAUAAAUUUGUAGAAGAAUGUGCCUAUUUAAACUAGAUUUUUGGAGUGAAAAUAAUUUUGAAUUUACCAAUGGAGAUUAUUCUGAUUAUAAACAGUUGGUUGCUUGAUGGGAACUUUGGGUGAAUCAGAAAUGGACUCACCCAAAAUGGCUAAUGCAGAUACUUUUCCAUCCCAUUCCCUGGCUUUUCUGCAAUCUUGAAUUUAGCAGUUAAGAUCUUUAUUGUCAUAUUUUCAACUGCAUCAGCUUCUAAGUGUUUAUUAUGCAUUGUAAGAUACAUUUGAACCAAUGUACUAUAGUUGACGAGUGUUUUGUGAAGGGGAAAAAUGCUUUGGUAAUGGCAGGUUAUGAUUUACAAACUUGGUCAACACGGGGUUUGAGAAAUAAUGACAACUAGAAAUUAGAAUGUUAUAGGAUUGUUUUUAUUUUUUGUUAGUGUUCUUUAUGCUCAUUCUUUUGUUUUGUAUGGGAUCUGGAAUAACAAUCUUUUAAAUCUUUUGUUGAAGGAUGACAAACAGUCUUGAAUCAUUAAUUAAGAAGGGUAUCCUAAUGAGCAGAGGGACUUUGAAAAGUAUGCCCAAAGAUUCCCAAAGGGAAUGGGAUGGCUGGAGCUUGUAAUCACAUACUCCUGCUAUUCAGUAACAUUACCAUCGCUGACUCCCUGACCUUCAACAUCCUGGGCUGUAGGGUCACUACUGACAAUAACUUCAAUUAAACCAUGCCCAAAAGUGCUACAGCUUCAAGAGCAGGUCAGAGGCUGGGAAUCAUGCAGCAAUCCCCUUUCACCAUCUGCAAGCCACACAUGCCUAAAUGAAUGAAAGUACCUUCAGUAGCAUUAAAGCAGCUCAACAUUACACAGCACAAAGCAGCCUGUAUGAUUGUUGCUCAUCCAGCAACAACGUUCAUUCUCUUCAUGAUACGUAAAAUGUUACUGACCUGCAGUCCAACAACAACAAUCCCUCAAUCUAACACCAAAGACAAGGAAUCCAAUUAUAUGAUCAACUGCAUGUUCUCCUCUAAGUUGUAAACUCUACUUUCUUGGAAAGUUAACCUAUUCCU